AUGGAUAAGAUCACAUUAUCAUUCUCUAACUACGAAGGAAAGCCGAUUCGAUGCAAAGCAGCAAUAUGUAGAAAAGCAGGAGAAGCAUUGGUGAUCGAAGAGAUUUACGUGGAUCCACCUCAAGCUUACGAAGUUAGGAUUAAGAUCGUAUGCACAUCUCUAUGUCAAACUGAUGUUAAAUUCAAGAGCCUAGACAGUGUGACGUCGUUUUGCCAGUGUUUCACCCUCACUGUGAAGAAUGUAGAGACUGCAAAUCCUCAAAGAGCAACUGGUGCACAAGAUUUGCCAAAGAUUUCUUAUCGAACACAAGACGAUAUGGAAUAUAUCGCACAUCUUGUCAAAAUCUCUUAUGAGGUUCCCCUUGAUAAAGCGGCUUUGCUAAGCUGCGGUGUCUCCACAGGAAUUGGAGCAGCUUGGAAGGUGGCUGAUGUGGAAGAAGGAUCCACCAUUGCAGUUUUUGGCCUUGGUGCUGUUGGACUUGCGGUUGCAGAAGGAGCCAGGCUGCGUGGGGCUGCGAAGAUCAUUGGUGUUGAUAUCAAUCCUGAUAAAUUCGAGUUAGGUAAGAAAUUUGGCAUAACCGAUUUCAUUAAUCUCUCCUUGUGUGGAGAAAAGAAGAUUAGGGAGGGUUCCCUUAAACCAUCGCGCAAACCGUGCGAUCAAACCCGARUUCCCGYUCUGAUUAACGAUUUGCGUCGCUCGACGCAUCUCCUCUGCGUCGCUCGACGCGAAAUCCCCUGCGUCGCUCGACGCAACUCUCCUGCGUCGCUCGACGCAACACCAAAAAUACACAUUUUGGUUCACGGGCGUUACACUUUUGGGGCCGGGGAGACCUUUCCAAACCCUGAGCUCACAGCGAGAACCGCCAUGGACGCCGGAUUCACGGCCGCGAAACGAGCGGACUUCUGGUCUAUAUCAUCGGAGCCUCCCACAAGUACCUCAAUCGGCGAGUGCAAAAGAGCCUUCGUCGAGUUGCUUCAACCGGAAUUGGCCAUCGCCGGAGACUCCUCCGGUACCGAUCCACCUCCAUCGUGUUUUGACCAGUGA